UGCCCACCUGAGUCUAUAAGUGACACCUGCGUUAAGAGCGUCUAAGCCAGACACAGACUGUGACCGUUUGGAAAACGCGAGUUCAGCCCUCACAUUCUCCAGUUCUUGCUUUUUCCACCAUUGCCACAAUGACCUCCAGCCUGUCCACGCGUACGUAUUCUGUGGGCCGCCAGCCUUCUUUCUCCAGCCUCUCUUUGCGAGAUGGUGCCAGUCGUGGCCGCUCUAAAGCCCCGGUGUCCCUCUCGUCUGCUAGCACGCUGUCUCUCUCCCGCUCUGUCUCCGUGGGCAAUGGCCUCAACAUCCUGAGUAACCUCUCUCUGAAUGGCCUGUCUAUGGGUGCCAGCGAGAAGGAGACAAUGCAGGGUCUUAAUGAUCGGCUGGCCAGCUAUUUGAACAAGGUGCGCUCACUGGAGAAGUCCAAUGCUGACCUGGAGCUGAAGAUCAAGCAGCUGAUGCUGGAGAGAGCACCUAAAGGUCAUGAUAUUGAGGGCAUGAUGGCUCAGGCUCAUGCUAUUGGACAAGAGGUAAGGAAAAAGACCCUGGAGAAUGCUCGGAUUAUGCUGGAAAUAGACAAUGCAAAGCUGGCUGCUGAUGACUUCAGGAUUAAAUGGGAGGCAGAAGCUGCUCUUUGUCAGUCAGUUGAGAGAGACUGUGUUGCUCUACGCAGAGCAAAAUCAGACCAUGACCAGAUCAUCACAACUCUCAGAGGAGAUCUGGACAGUCUGAAAGAGGAACUGUUUUUCCUGAAGAAGAAUCAUGAUGAGGAAAUGAAGUCACUGAAGGCCCGUUUGGCCAAUGAGCAGGUGAAUGUGGAGGUAGAUGCGGCCCAGGGGCCAGACCUAGGAGCUGUAAUGGCUGAACUGAGGGCCCAGUAUGAGGGCAUCGCUCGCAAGAACAAGGAGGACGCUGAGAUGUGGUACCUGAAGAAGCUGGAGUCAGUGCAGUCUGAGGUGAAAGAGAGCAAUGAAGCUCUGCGGUGUGCUCAGAGUGAGCUCAACGAGAGACGCCGCUUCCUGCAGAGCCUUGAGGUGGAGCUGGAUAGUCUACGCAAGCAGGUUGGCGUUUUGGAGGGGAACCUCGGAGAAACUAAUCAUAAGUAUGCCAUCGAGAUGGAGCACAUGCAGGGCACUCUGACACAGCUCGAGGAUGAACUCUCACAACUACGUCUGGACAUGCAGCGCACCAAAACUGACUACGAACAGCUACUGCGCGUCAAACAGAACUUGGAGCUGGAGAUCGCCACCUACAGGAGGCUGCUGGAAGGAGAGGAGGUGGUAAAAGAGAUCGCAGCUCCUAAAAAAGAGCCUGAGGUAAGAACACGGAAGAUUGUGAAGGUGGUCACCCAGACUAUGGUCAAUGGCAAAGUGGUGGACGAAUCCAGUGAGGUGGAGCAGAUUGAGGAGCGCAAGAAGUUUGAUGCAUCCCGGAGUGUAAUUCUAGAGAGGGUCAUUUAAACAUAGCAGAAAGCCAAAAUAUUCAAUAUUCAGGAUAAAAACACUUACUGCCCUAUAUCAUGUGGUGUUAGAUUGCGCUACCAUGUAGUGUUAGAUUUAAAAACAGGGACAGAAACCAGUCUGGUCAGAGGCCACAAUGUAGUGGUGAUGGAAACUGAGCACAGAUACAAAACCCCAGCAGCUCUGUGAGAACAGAGGGAGCAAACCAGCCUUGACACACAAACACAGUGGUUUCAAAUGUCAGUUCUUUUGUGGUGGUUUGUGAAUGAACGACUCUCCCUAGCCAUUCUCCCU